AUGAAAAAGUCUUUGCAUAGGUCUUUCUUUCUCUCUCCGUCCUUAAAGAUUUCCGAGAAGGAAGAGUUGGGAAGGUUUUAUUGUUUUGAUGGACAAGAUGAAAAGGUUGUUGUUGGAGGUAAUAACAAGAAGGAGUUGAUUCUUUCGAGUAAAUUAUCAUCAUCAGUAAUUAUUCAUCAAGAAAUUCCUGUAGGAAUGUUAUUGUUGAAGGAGAAGCCUUUUUGUUUUUGUGUAUCCGAGGAACAACGGAGUAGAAUUUGUAAUUAUUGUUUUAGAGAAAAAUCGGAAGGGAUGAAAUUGUCGAGAUGUAAAGCUUGUAAAUAUUCUCAUUAUUGCUCGAUGGAGUGCUAUAAUGCAGAUCAACAUUUGGUUGAAUGUAAAGCCUUACAAAAACACCCUCAAGUGACCAACUCUAUGAGAUUAAUGUUGAAAUGUUUUUUAAACUGCAAGACUGCUGAGGAUGUCGAAAAAAUUGAGAAUUUAUCACCUAAAGAAAGUUUGAAGGGCAUUGAUGAUUUGAAACAAUUGGCAAUACUCUUUUGUGAUUAUGUGAAAGAAUUAGAUCUUUCAACAAUAUGCUUUAUUGGUCAUCGAAACACAGAUGUCGAUUAUCUCUAUUUAUUGUUUCAAAAGGUUCAAAGAAACACAUUUUCUAUUUGCAACGAUGAAAUGAACGUUAUUGGUUCAGGACUAUAUUUUCACGCAUCCAUGUUUAAUCAUAGUUGUGUUCCGAAUUGCACAAUUCUCUUCGACUCGAACAAGAACAUUUACACAAGAGUCAUAAAGUCCAACAUUAAGGCUGGAGAACCUCUCACCAUUAAUUAUAUUGACCUACUGGAUGUGACACCAAAUAGGCAACAAAAACUAAAAAAACAGUACCAUUUCACAUGCCAAUGUUCUCGGUGUGCAUCUUCAGAUGAUCCUGAAGAGAGAAACGCCCUUGUCGAAGGCAUGUUAGAAAUGGCGAAUGAUUUUAAAAAGAAGAAUCAACUCGAUAAAGCCAUUGACUGUUAUUCACGAAUAGUUUCCAAGAAAAAAUCCUCACCAAAACUAUUUCACGAUAUUUACAUGGGCAUUGCUCUAAAUGCUCUUGCCCACAACUAUGUGGAAUUGGGUAAAUUUGAAAUAGCGUAUCCCUACGCAGUGGAAUCACUUGCCUUCUUGGAGAAAUACUAUCCAGAAUUUUACCCAAUUCUUGGUUUGCAGUACUUGAUGUGUGCGAAACUUGGAGCCUAUCUCGAAGAGGAGCAAACCAUAAACACCUUCCCACCAAUCACACAGCAUGGAUCUCGUCAAUAUUUCGAAAAAGCGUUUCCCAUAUUAUCCAAGCUCUUCAUCCACGAGGACAACACUCCAUUUGAUGUGAUCAAACGAAAUCAAAUCUCACUUAAUUGA